AUGCGACUUCUAUCGAAACGACGCCGGUACUUCUUCAUGACACUGCCACGUCUUCCGAUAGUAGCUCAGAAGACUGCAACCAUUGGACCACUACCAGAGGACUAUCGAGACUUUCCGGACAAAAUCAGCGGCUGGUUUGAGAUGGCCGAGAAGCGAUUGAAGAAGAAACCUGACUGGCCAUCGCACAAAAAGCGAUAUCCAUGUGUGUGGUGUGACUGGUCGUUCGACGCCACCGUCAAACUCGCCAAACAUCGAUACGUCCAUCGAAAUAUUGGCGUCUUUGCGUGUCAAGUGUGCUUGACACUGUUUAAUCAUCACUACAAUUUGUAUCAGCACUGGCGGAUGUCGUGUACACCAGUCACCAAGAGUAAAUCCGAUCAUGAGAUGAAGAACAUUGAUAUUUCAACAGUUCGAAACUAUGUGCUCUGCGCCAUGGGCACCGAGAAUCGCGCGCAAUCGUACCACGUCUUCGGAGGCGUCUUUUUUAUCCCUUCUCAAUGGUUUUUGGAUACGAAAUACAAUGUGAUCGACCCCCAUGAACAGAACGACUGUCAUUUGUGUCAUUUGGCGGUGCCGACGAAAUUUCUCGAGUGUCAUGGAGACGUUCAUCGUGGACGGUUCAGAAUUGACGGGAAGAUUUAUGGAGACUAUUUUUGUCAUAUUUGUGGCAAGAUUUUUAGAAGCCGCUGCACCCUACUGGAACACUGGCGUUUGGAUUGUCCAGAAGUCGUCUACUACCUUCCAGAAGACGUCGCCCUAGACGACGAAGAGCUUGUCGGCUUCGCGUGGCUCAUCCUCCAAAUGGCGAUUGCUCAUGAUAAAAUUCUGAUAAUGGCGAAAAAUUCGAGUUUGGCACUGGAAAAAUGGGCUCAUAGGCAUGCGAAAGAGAACAAUAUGAUUUAUUUGCUGGAUCGAUACUAUCAUUAUCCCCAGGAGCUAUGGCCACUGAAGCUGGAGACUGGAGAGGAUAUCAUUAGAGAUGCGAUCCCGAUUUUUGGGACCAGAGCUUUUUUGAGAAGUAUUAAUGGAGAAGUGACCCUCUACAAUCCGGAUAUCGCCGUGCACAUUGCGAAUCUCAUCGCCACCGCCUGUCCAGAUUUCUACGCAACCGGCGCCGUUUUUACGGAAAUUUUGGGUUGCGAAAGUAAAACGGAAGCGACGAAAAGCGUGUUUCGCAUCGUUUUGAGAUAUACAACAGCUGGUUCGGUUAUUUCGACGUACAAAAUCAAUCUGCGCACAUGUCCAUCGCUUCGUGUCAGUCGUCCACCGAAUCUUAGCAGAUCCCCAGGGGACUACAAUGUGGAAGAGGACUUUACGGCGCAUUUCGAAGAAUCUCGAAAAAUGUCGACAACUGAUAAGAACAAUCAGGACUACACAUGGUCGUGUGUGGGACGAAUGCGCGAUCAGCUUCAACGGAAUAAUUGGUUGAAGAGGGACGCGUUGGAGUAUACGUGCAGGAUUUGUAGGAAAAUCCUCGGUCAACGAUCAGCCCGCGAGCACUGGAUGCUGGAAUGUGCUCCACUUGGAAUUAUUCUUCCCAAAAUGCAAGAUCGUUCUUAUAUGGACGAAGGUCUGGAGACGUCGAUAGCGAAACAGAUGAAAAAAGUCGGAGCGAAAGUUUAUAUUGAUUGGGUACGACGGAAAGAGGAGAGAGCGGAUUCGGGGAAUUUUCAAUCGGUUGAUCGAAUCGGGGAAUACAAUAAGACGACGUUCUAUUGUUCGGACGCCGGGCUGGAGCAGAUUCGGAAGGGGUCGGCGAAGGCGAUGAGCAAUGCGAUGAGAAGAUAUACGGAGAGAUUUACUGCGAAGAAAUGCAUGGUGUUAGAGACGCAGUCAGCGGUGGUUUGUCCGCAUUGUGGUACGGUAGAUUUAAAAGUAGGAAUCCAGGAAUCCAGGAAUCUAGAUACUUAG